UCGCUACUCUGUUUUUGUUUCUCUCAUUUGUAAAUUCUCUUCUCCUUCUCGACGUUCAUAAAACCAUCUCUUCACCUUCAACAUCAAUUCUUACAAUCUCAGUUAUGUCGAAUUCGGAUUCUGAUUCCUCAUCAUACAGUGGUCCCGAGUACAAAAAUUUCAGGCAAAUCACCCGUGACAGAUUAUUGCAUGAAAUGCUUGGGUCCGCGAAAACAGGGAGCUCAAAAUCAACCUGGAAGGUACUGAUAAUGGACAAACUUACAGUUAAGGUUAUGUCUUACUCAUGCAAGAUGGCUGACAUCACACAAGAAGGAGUUUCAUUGGUAGAAGAUAUAAACAGACGGAGACAGCCAUUGCCCUCUAUGGAUGCUAUAUACUUUAUCCAGCCAACCAAAGAGAAUGUUCUAUUGUUCCUGUCGGACAUGUCUGGAAAAUCGCCUUUAUAUAAAAAGGCGUUUGUUUUCUUUAGUUCGCCUAUUUCAAGAGAAUUGUUUACUCACAUCAGGAAGGAUACAAAAGUUUUAACUCGCAUAGGUGCUCUGAGAGAGAAAUAUGCAGAUGAAUUUGGAAUACUUUGCCAUAGACAGCCAGGUAUGUGAUGCUAUGUUUUGUAGUUGAAUUUAUGUAUAACCUAGAUGCACACAAAUGAUGAUUUUUGUCACCAGAUUGCUAUCUUUUUUUUUGAGUGUACUGCAACUUCCAUGACCAUUUAUUUUCCAUGCGCUAAAUAGAAUUAGUCAGAUUAUUCUUGACAGCCAGGUUUUAUGUCAUGUGAUUGUAAAUUUUCCUUCUUCCAGUGACUGUACUGUUAGCAAAAGUCUACAUGUUAAGGCCAUAACUCAUAGUUUCAUUAUGAUGCCAAAUAUAUCCUUGUAGCUCAUGUUGUGAUGUUCA